AUGGACUUGGCAGAAGUUCUACUGGUGCUGUUCAUCGUUGUGGUGCUGAUCGUCUCCUUGUUGUCUAACUUGUUGGUGUUGAUAUGCUUCAUCUACAGCUCCGACAUCCGCAAGCAAGUGCCGGGCAUAUUUAUAGUUAACUUGUCUUUCUGCAAUCUGCUUAUCACUGUUUUGAAUAUGCCAGCGACAUUGCUGGGGAUUGUCAAAAAACAACAACCAUUUGGCGAUUGCAUCUGUCAAACAGUUGGGUUUUUGGAAACGUUUCUCACCACGAACACUAUGCUGAGCAUGGCAGCAUUAAGCAUAGACAAAUGGAUUGCCGUGGUGUUCCCCUUAAGCUAUGCCAGUAAGAUGAGGUACAAGGACGCCGUGCUUAUGAUGAGCUACACUUGGGUCCAUUCUCUCAGUUUCCCCGUGGUCGCAAUUUUCUUUACCUGGGUCGGUUUCAAUAAUAUAUACACAUCGUGCACUUUGCAUCUGCAAGAAGAAGUGGGGAGAAGACAGUUUACAGUGUUCACCAUCGUCUUUCACGCCACCAGCUUUAUGCUUUCCCUCGUAAUAUUAUGCUUUACAUAUCUGAAGGUCCUGAAGGUUGCACGCUUUCAUUGCAGAAGAAUAGACAUUAUUACCAUGCAGACUUUGGUUUUACUGGUGGAUAUCCACCCCAGUGUGAAACAGCGUUGCCUCGCGGAGCAAAGAAGUAGAAGACAACGUGCAACCAAGAAGAUCAGCAUUUUUAUAGGGUCGUUUCUUGUCUGUUUUGCACCAUAUAUUAUAACCAGGUUGAUAGAACUGCUUCCCUUUGUCACCAUUAACCACUACUGGGGAGUUCUGAGUAAGUGCCUCGCCUACUCCAAAGCUGCUUCGGAUCCUUUUGUCUACUCGCUGCUGCGUCAACAGUACAAGAAAGUCCUGGUCAACAUAGUCAACCGGAUACUCAAAAAGGAUUUGUAUCCUUCCUCUGGACACAACAGCUCCUUGGAUACUGAGAACGAUUACUGCCUGCAGAGAAUCUGA